UUCUUAAAAAUGAUUUGUAUGAUCAGAAACCGUAUAAUCAAUCAGAAAUAGAAGCAUAUAUGUUUGAUGUGUGGUUUGACUAGACCUUAAUAUAUUCAGCCAUCUAGUUUCUUAGCUUGAACUUCCAAACUCAUUACCUGUCAACUUCAUUCCACAUAUUUUUCUCUGUCUGGUUACACUUAGCAGUUGCUUUAAGAUUUGGAAAUCCAAACAGAAGUCUCCAAAUGAGAGUCACAUGGUAGAAAUUUGAAGAUGUUAUAAGAGGCUAGCUCCAACUAAGACAAUCUGUGUAGAAGCUAACACAUUCUAACGCUCUCUUAAAUCCAUACACACUUUAGCCCCUAAGAAAGAAGCUCGUAAUUGAUCCUUUACAUCUUCAGCUUAACAAAUUUGCAUCUUACCAUCCAAAUUCAAUAAUUGGCGAGUGAAUAGAUAGGCUUUGGGACAAGAUAUGAGGUUUGUUGUAUCAGCUCUAUUCCUUCUUGUCAUCUUUUCAUAUGCAGCUGCAUUUGAUCCCUUGGAUCCAAAUGGAAACAUAACCAUACGAUGGGACAUAAUGUCUUGGACACCAGAUGGCUAUGUGGCAACUGUAACCUUAAACAACUUCCAAAUGUAUCGGCACAUAAUGAGCCCUGGGUGGACAUUGGGUUGGACAUGGGCUAAAAAAGAAGUGAUAUGGUCCGCGGUGGGAGCACAAACCACCGAGCAAGGUGACUGCUCCAAGUUCAAAGGGAACAUACCUCAUUGUUGCAAGAAAACCCCCACAGUCGUGGACUUGCUUCCCGGCGUGCCUUACAACCAGCAAUACCAAAACUGUUGCAAAGGUGGAGUAGUGGGUGCUUGGGGCCAAGAUCCUUCAGCUUCUGUCUCGGCCUUCCAGCUGAGUGUUGGAAUGGCCGGUACUUCAAACAAGACUGUGAAACUCCCCAGGAACUUCACUCUGCUAGGACCAGGUCCAGGGUACACUUGUGGCAAGGCUAAAGUUGUGCCUCCCACCAUCUUUUUGUCACCUGAUCGUCGUCGUAAGACUCAAGCUCUCAUGACUUGGAAUGUGACUUGUACUUAUUCACAGCUUCUGGCCCGUAAAAACCCAAGUUGUUGUGUAUCACUCUCUUCUUUCUACAACGAAACAAUUGUUCCCUGCCCAUCUUGUUCUUGUGGUUGCCAUAACAAGGACAGUUGUGUCAAAAGCAACUCGAAACUUCUGAGCAUGGUGGGAGUUAACACCCCAAAGAAAGACAAUGCCCCUCUUUUGCAGUGCACACACCACAUGUGCCCGAUAAGGAUUCACUGGCAUGUGAAAGUGAAUUACAAGGAGUACUGGCGUGUGAAGGUUUCAGUUACAAACUUUAACUAUCGGAUGAACUACACACUUUGGACUCUGGUCAUUCAGCACCCUAAUCUCAACAAUGUCACACAAGUUUUCAGCUUUGACUACAAGCCUCUUGUUCCUUACGAGUCCAUAAAUGACACUGGUAUGUUCUAUGGAUUGAAAUACUUCAAUGACCAAUUAAUGGAAGCCGGGCCAUUUGGGAACGUUCAGUCGGAGAUUCUUCUUAAGAAGGACAUAAACACAUUUACUUUCAAGGAGGGGUGGGCAUUUCCCCGCAAAGUUUACUUCAAUGGUGAUGAGUGCCAGAUGCCCCCACCUGAUACAUACCCAUUUCUGCCUAAUUCUGCCCAUCAAAAUCUACUUUCAUUCUCAGCAUUGGUUUCCACAUUAAUUUUCUUGUUGAUUGCUAUUUGGUGAUUUGUGUACAUAAGUUUUGGAGUUGGGAUUUGAUUACAUAGAUUCUGGAAGUUUAAGGAUAUUUUGACACUGACAAAUGAUGAAGCACAGGUACUACAACUCCAACAAACAUGACUUAUUGAUAUGCAUCUUGUGAAAAGAGAAUUUGAACAAGUCUGGAAUGGAAAUUUCUGUGUUCCUUAAUUUAUAA